CCGUAGCAAGGAAUUUGAGAAGUGUCACCCAUAUCAUCUUAGAACGCACAAACUAUAGCUGGAAAUAUGUGUUGGACAUGUUUUCUGAAGUAUUUGUUGGAAAAUUAAUUGUAUUUGGAAUACUUAAGUCAGUAGGUUCACAGAGUGGACUGAUGGGUGAUGCGACGGAAGUUAUCGGAGAAUAAGGGUUUGAUGAAGAAUUUUCACCAAAAGGGGGACUGCUUGAGGAAAUUCCUAGCAACUGGUGAAACAUACGCAUCUUUAGAAUUCAAUUAUCGUAUAUCGGCAAGCUAUAUAAGCAGAAUAGUCGCACAAGUUCUUGCAAGUUUGCGAAAAAAUUUAGUACCAAUUUUCCUGCCUGUGCCAACGGAAAAUCAUCUAAAACAAACUGCUGAACAUUUCUGGAAUAGGUGGAACUGUCCAAAUUGUUUUGGAGCAAUUGAUGGCAAGCACGUACGUAUUAAAUGUCCGAAGAACAGUGGAUCGAUGUUUUUUAACUAUAAAGACUACUAUUCUACUGUAUUAUUGGCUAUUGUAGACGCAAACUGCAAAUUUAUUGCUGUUGACGUGGGCUCAUAUGGGAAGGAAGGGGACAGUGGUAUAUUCAAAAAGUCAGCUAUGGGCAAAAAAAUUAUGUCCGAACAAUUUAAUGUGCCUCAACCGGCAGCCUUACCAGGAACAGAUAUCUUAACCCCACAUUAUCUAGUUGGCGAUGACGCGUUUGGAUUAGACGUCUACAUGAUGAAACCCUAUUACAGAACUCAUAUUAGAGGCGAUCGUGGUAAAGCGAUUUUCAACUAUCGCAUCUGCCGAGCAAGACGAGUCACAGAGAAUUCUUUUGGACUUCUGAGUCAGGUUUUCCGAAUAUUAUAUUCACCUAUAGCAAUUAGACCAGAAAUAUGUGAUGACUUAAUUACUACACUAUGUUGUCUCCAUAAUUUAUUAAGGGAUGCUUAUUUAGAAAAAAAUGGAAUACCAUAUUACAGUUACGACAAAAAAAAAAGAAAACCAACAGAGAACAUGCUUCCACUGACACGUACGGGAGGAUUUCGGAACAUAGAUGGAUUUCGAAUCAAAAAUAUCCUUAAAGAUUACUUUACCUCAGAAGCUGGAAAAGUCUCAUGGCAAGAACAGUCGAUAAACAGAAUGAACUAG